UCUUCCUCGGAGCUGUUUUCCCGCCCUACAUAUUUCGGCGUCGACUGGUGUCUCGAUCCGAGCGCGCCGAUCCCAAAGUGGAUGAUUGUGACUGACUCACUGCCUUCAAGUCGCCCCCAUGACUGAGCUCGGGUGCAGGCACGCACCGGGCUGCCCACUCGGGAAGACCCGCGGCUAAAGUUUGCAGGCGUCGCAGACUGGCCAUCCCCUCGCAUUUGUAACCUCCGGAUUUGCCAAUUAUCUCCUCUUUGCGUGGAUAUCUGUGCGCAAACUGCUUGGAAUUACCCGGCUUUUCUAACGCCGAUAACGCCCCGUCUUAAACCAUGAAGACCUUUAUUGCUGAUGUUCGGAGACUCCUGGUUCUGGUUGUGUGGCUGAACUUUGCACCUCAAAGCAACAGCUGCCCUGCUAAGUGUGUGUGCUACAGUGAACCCCGGCCUACUGUGGCAUGCCAGCAACAAGGACUCUUUUCCAUCCCUACUGAGAUUCCUGUGCGGAGCCAGCGAAUCUUCCUCCAGAGCAAUAAACUGACAGUAGUGAGGUCCACAAGCUUCAGCUCUUGCCAAAAUCUCACCGUACUGUGGCUCUACUCAAACAACAUUAGCUACAUAGAGUCCGGUGCCUUCUAUGGUUUGGAGAAACUGGAGGAACUGGACAUUGGGGACAACAGCAAUCUUCGUACAAUCAGCCCAACAGCCUUCAGAGGUUUAACUAAGCUGCACACACUCCACCUGCACAGUUGCGGUCUGUCAGAGCUGCCCGUUGGGGUUUUCAGAGGAAUGUUCUCCCUACAGUAUCUUUACUUGCAGGAUAAUAACAUUCUAACCCUGCAUGACGACACAUUUCUGGACCUUGCCAACCUUACCUAUCUCUACCUGCACAAUAACAAGAUCAAGAUAGUAACCGACAACAUGUUCCAUGGUUUAAUCAAUCUCGACCGCCUGCUGCUACACCAGAACCGUGUAAUGUUUGUCCAACCAAGGGCUUUUAGUGAUCUGGCUAAGCUGAAAUCCCUCUUUUUGUUUUUCAACAACCUCACAGUCUUGACGGGAGAAACAAUGGAUCCGCUCAUCACACUCCAGUACUUGCGCCUAAAUGGUAACCAGUGGAUUUGUGACUGCCGAGCCAAGACCUUGUGGGAGUGGUUCAAACGUUUCAAGGGUUCCAGCUCUGAGUUGGAGUGCGAUGUUCCUGAAUUCCUCGCAGGAAAGGAUCUGAAACGGCUGAAGAGCGAAGACUUGGAGGGAUGUGUGGAAACGCCUCAAAUCCAAACAAAUCUCUUCACCUCUAAGGCCCAGUCUGGGAAGUUCCCAUCCACUGAAAAUCCACUUGGGGACGCAAUUCCCAGGUGUUGUCUAGGAGAUAACGACAAGUCAUCUAUCCUGUCUGGCAAGAGUCGCCAAAUUACCAAUAACCCCCUGAAGGAAAAGGAGAACAUGUCUAAAACAAAAUUUAAAGAUCCAGAAAGAAUGAAAAAUGACACCCAGAACAAGCAGAAUGAUGGACCUCUUGGUACCUUAUCCAACAACCUGGACAAGUCUUUGGAAAAUAUGAACCCUAACCUUAUAAACAGUCUAGAAUCUUCUACAACCUCAAACAAAAAGAAAAAGAAAUGCUCCAAGAAGCCCAGACCAGACACCCACUGCAUUAAAGGUCGGGGUACUACAUUGCAAAUACUGCGUUUCCUCCUCAUUCCCACGAUCUGGAUCUCUCUAGCCAUGUCUUAGGACUCCUGAUAUGAUUCUAAAUCCAGGACUGAAGAUUGUGGAUGCCCAUGACAAUGAUAAAUGAUGUAUACGGUGACAUCUGCAACAGACAGUGACUGAAAUGUGAGUUGCUACAGUCGGCCGGCAAGGGUGAGGACAGAUGAGGAUGAUGAUAGAGUACGUUUAACAAAAUGGAUGCCUUUACAGAACACUACAGAUUUGAUGUACAUAAUGAAUCAGUGCCCAAAAAUUGUUUGUUCUCUCUGUACUGAACUGUACUGUGUCUGAGCUACAUUUUGGAGAUUUCAUCCCGUUUCCUGCUAAAAAGCUUCGACUGCUUAUAAGACCACCAAGAUGCGGAGUUUAAAAAAAGUGAAAGAAAUGUGACACAGUAAGCACACGACGAAUGUUGGGUCUAUUUUAUGGAAAAAAAAAAAAAAAAAAAAAAAAAAGAAUUAACUCCCUCCCCACUCCACCCCCAUUUAUUUAUUAAAAGUGAUGCAUCUGUUGGGUAAUAUGUUUUUUGUUAAAAAAAAGGUUUAUUUUAUCCCAUUUUUACUUAUAUUUUCAUGAGAGAAAGGAUAUAGGGGUAGCAUUUUGCCAAAAGAAUGCUGUCAAUUUGUUUAUUGCAAUGGAACCAUAGAUAUGCAUUUUAUUUUACUUGUGUACAAGUAUGAAUAUAUUAUGAAUAAAAGUUCUUUUUUCAUAGA